GAUAACUCACAAUACUUCAUUUGAUAGUUUUCAGGCUAUAGACCAUUCUGCAUACCAGUUAAAUCAUAUGGGGUAGCUGGACGUAUGUUCAUUUUUUAAAAUCAAUAGAAAUAUAAAUGAUGGAUGUUAAUUAAGAAGGAACGUUCAUCAUCAAAAUAAACUUUACAAUCAAAUUAUAAUAAAAGAAUGUCUACGCAACCAUUAUUGCAGCGUACAUCAAAUAAAAGAAUCGCUUUACCUGUAAGGGUCGAGCCAAAGGUAUUCUUUGCUAAUGAAAGAACCUUCCUUUCUUGGUUACAUUUUGCUGUUAUACUUGGUGGAUUAGCCAUCGGAUUGCUAAACUUUGGUGACAAAGUUGGCAAAAUAUCAGCAGGAAUGUUUAGUUUCGUUGCCAUGUUAAUCAUGGUCUACGCUUUAGUAACUUACCAUUGGAGAGCGUCCGCCAUCAGGAAGAGAGGUACUGGGCCAUACGACGAUAGAUUAGGACCAACGAUACUAUGCAUUUGCUUACUAUCAGCGGUUUUAAUUAACUUUUAUUUAAGAUUUGCGCAAGGGGAGGACAAUAUCUAGGAACAUGUAUUAAUAUGGUUUAUAUCUCUUAUUAGAUUUAAAGUUAUCUAUUCUUAAUUUGUCCUUUUGGAAUUUUAAUCUCAAACCAGCAAUUUCCUGUCUCUUUGAUUCCCUUCUUUGCCAUCUAUAGAAAUCAUCUAAUGGUUUAUUGAAUUUUGAUUUCUUCGUGUUCUCUGCUGGAUUAAACAAUUUAGAAGAUACUUGAACGCCUGACACAUUAGCAGCUUUUCCAUGUUUACCACCCCUUUCAACUAAAGUGAAGCCAUCAUCUUCCAUUUUAUCAGAAUUAUCAUUUCUAGUCUUUGGUUUAUCAUCGAAGUUGUUCAUAUAAUCUAUGGUGAAUUGCUUAAUAUCAUUAUGAUCUAUUCUAUUAGAUUUAUAUAAAUCUAAUAAAUUUAAUCCAUCUGUGGAUGUAGAAAAUCUAUCGAGCUCUAACAAUUUAUCUGUACUCUCCGCUUCUUUAUAUUUCAAGUGUAUAUUUCUAUAUAAGUUAUAUUGAAUAUCUAAUAAUUUACUCAAAUUGUUCUGUUUAUUGCUAUAGUCUAUACUAUCGAUAUCUCCAAAUUUACUAAACAAUGAGUAUAAACUAGACCUAUUUAUAUUUAAAGGCAAGUUAACUAUAAAUAUUGUAUGAUUAUCUUGCUUUCUUAAAUGUAUAUAUUUAUCAUUCAAUUUUAUCCUCUUGUAUCCAAGCAUCGACGACGUCUCUUAAGAAGUGAU